CUCUCCCCGGGCUCCGAGGAUGAUGAGGGCCACGAUGGCAUCAGCCGGGAGAACCUGGGCCGCAUCCAGUUCAGCGUGGGCUACAACUUCCAGGAGUCCACCCUCACCGUCAAGAUCAUGAAGGCUCAGGAGCUGCCAGCCAAGGACUUCAGUGGCACCAGCGACCCCUUUGUCAAGAUCUACCUGCUCCCCGACAAGAAGCACAAGCUGGAGACCAAGGUGAAGAGGAAGAACCUCAACCCGCAUUGGAACGAGACCUUCCUCUUCGAAGGGUUCCCCUACGAGAAGGUGGUGCAGCGGGUGCUGUACCUCCAGGUCCUGGACUACGACCGCUUCAGCCGCAACGACCCCAUCGGGGAGGUCUCCAUCCCCCUCAACAAGGUGGACCUCACCCAGAUGCAGACCUUCUGGAAGGACCUGAAGCCCUGCAGCGAUGGCAGCGGAAGCCGCGGGGAGCUGCUGCUGUCUCUGUGCUACAACCCCUCGGCCAACUCCAUCGUGGUGAACAUCAUCAAAGCCCGCAACCUCAAAGCCAUGGACAUCGGGGGCACGUCAGACCCCUACGUGAAGGUGUGGCUGAUGUACAAGGACAAACGGGUGGAGAAGAAGAAGACGGUGGUCAUGAAGAGGUGCCUGAACCCCGUCUUCAACGAGUCCUUCGCCUUUGACAUCCCCACGGAGCGGCUGCGUGAGACGACCAUCGUCAUCACCGUCAUGGACAAGGACAGGCUGAGCCGCAACGAUGUCAUCGGCAAG